CAUGCAUACUUAGCCUAGUUGCCAUACAGCACGCAGUGGCGUGCGUCUUGUUGUCGGCUGCGUAAUGGAUUUUAUUUUAUCCGUCAACUAAUUUUAUUCAUAAGGUUAAGUCAAGUAGCCAAAUAUUCGUUGCAUCUCUCUCGACUUCAAGUUUUAUUUUUACUUAUCAGAAGGGGGGAUGACCAGUCACAUAUUCGGCGUUGGUUUGGGCCUAUUUGUCAUCUUAACUCUUUGGAUAUCUGCUGGACUUAUAUUUCUUAUAUCUCUUAGAAUAGAAAAAAGAAUCGGUGCUGUUGCAUUAGCUGUUGCAGCUAUUAUUACUAUUAUAUUGGUCAGUGUUCCUAGAGCUCCACAGCAUCCAGUUUCUCAAGAAAAUAAACCUUAUGAUCACUUUUUUAUUUGGCGCAUGAUACUUUUGAUACUCUUGGUUGCAUCAUCUGUGAUAGGAUUCAUAGGAUACAUCAAAUUUGAACUAAUGGAUAUAGCUAGACCACAGAGAGUAAGGAAUUGGGUUUUUUAAAGACAAUU